AUGGGCCUGAAACGAAUGCUAAAUAUUGUUUAUAGGAAAAUAGUAAAUUUAAAGGGGAAAGAACAUGGUGGUUCCAUAACAAAUGAAGACAAAAUGCUAUUUUCACAAAAUCCAACCAUAAUUUCAUUAUCUUCGACGGAUUCCCUAUCUGCUAGAAGUAUUUCAGUUAAACCAUCUGUAAAAAAAUCGGAAUAUGAAGAAAAUAUAAUACCAAAAUUAAAAUAUGGACGUGCCUUAAAACUCGCAAUAUCUAUGGGUGUAUUAUUUAUACUUUUUUUAAUAAGCUUUAGUUUUUUCACUAAAUUUGAGGGCGCAGACACCCCAGAAUGCAGACCAAUAUAUAUGUAUCCUUCAUAUGCAAAAAUUGAUGGUUUUGAUCAUAAACAUACCAGAUUUGCUCCCAAGUACCAUCUAUAUCUAUACAGAGAACAGGGAAAAGAUAUUUUACCUUUAGAAGAUGAUAAAAUCCAGUUAAAUGGGGUUCCUGUACUCUUUAUUCCUGGUAACGCUGGUAGUUUUAAACAAGUACGUUCCAUUGCAGCAGCUGCUGCUAAUAUCUAUUAUGAUUCUUUUGACACGAUCAAAAAUUCACAGAAUACCCACAAUUUAGACUUUUUCACGGCUGAUUUUAAUGAAGAUUUUACUGCGUUUCAUGGGAGAACAAUGCUAGAUCAAGCUGAAUACGUUAAUGAUGCAGUCAAAUAUAUACUAUCAUUAUAUGCUUCAAGUUCCAAAGCCAAAAAUUUUGACACAUAUGGUCCUUUACCUAAAUCAGUGAUCUUAAUUGGACAUUCCAUGGGUGGCAUUGUGGCAAAAGUUAUGCCAACAUUAAGAAAUUAUAUUCCUGAAUCAAUAAAUACGAUUAUAACAUUAUCAUCUCCACAUUCAACAGCGCCAGUUACCUUUGAUGGGGAUAUUUUAAAAAUAUACAAUAAGAUAAAUCGGUUUUGGGAAGCUCAAUACAGGGAUUCAAACAGUUUUUUUUACAAUAACGUUUCUUUAAUAUCUAUUACGGGCGGUAUACUGGAUAAUGUUUUACCUGCAGAUUACACGUCAAUUGAAAGCAUAAUACCUUAUAAGAAUGGUUUUACCGUAUACACGACCACUAUUAGCGGAGUUUGGACGUCCAUUGAUCAUUUGGCUAUUGUUUGGUGUGAUCAAUUAAGAACUAUUGUUGCUAAAAGUCUUUUGGAAAUAGUUGAUAAGUAUAGUUCGAUGAAAACAAUCAGUUUGUCAGGUAGAAUGAAAGUGUUUAGGAAAAAAUACUUGUCUGGAUUUGAGGUAGAAGCCGCGCAAGAUUACAAUGUUGUUAGUUUGCCAGGUGAGCAUAUCAAAAAAUAUGAGGAUGCAUAUUUUAAAAACAGUAUAGUUGUGGAAUCAGACACGUAUGUAUCCAUAAAUAGUAGUUUCCCUGAGACUUUUGACCGCCAUUAUAUUUUGAACCUACCUUUAAAAAGUGAAGAAUUAAAUUUCAACUUGAUUACGUCUUCGAAAGAUAAUUUGGAACUAUUAUUUUGCCAGAGAAAUGUGAAAAGAAUAGAAUUAGAUAAUUUAACAGAAGAAUCACAAUUAAGGUGUGUUAGUGCACUUGACGAUCUAAACAUGAUUCCUAACUUUUUGCUAGAUUCUUCCUCUGCUUCGUCGCCGGGAAAUAAAAACGGACAUCAUCCAUUCCAUAUGAUGUCGAUAAAUUCUACUAUCUUAUCGAGAUAUGAUACGAUUAUAAUGUCACUAAAAUCAAGUAGCAAUGCAUUUGCUGAUUUUGAACUUACAACAAGAGAAAGUACCGAGACUUUGAAUAUUAAUUUGUUCAUGCUUUUUUUUAAGGGCUGUACAAUUCUCGUGGAUAACAACAAGUUGGUCAAUGGGUUUAGAUUACCUCACUUAUGGACAUCCUUGGUUUCACUUAAUGUAUUUGCUAAACAAAGUUAUGUUGAGAAUACUUUUAAACCAUUCAUAAGGCAAUAUAUAGAACAACCAUUUGAGACUAAGUGGCAUAUUAUCAAGGGAACUGAUGGUAUGAACGUUAAAAUCAAUCAGCACAAUGUAUCACCUUAUAUUCCUGUGGAACUAACCCAUGACAAGUCAUUAAAAAUGGCAGUAAUGAAAUCUUAUAAUACAAAAUUAACUUUGAAAUUAGGCAUUGACUGGGGCUAUACUUUUAAAAUGCUUUUUAUACGCUAUAGAUUAAUAAUAGCUUCAUUGCCAUUUUCGUUAGUAUGUUUGGCUUUGUUGGUGCAGUUUAGAUUUUAUAUCAAAUCGGGAAAUAAAUUUUUUCCAUCCUUUAAGGCCGGUUUGGUUUAUAUUAUAGAAACCCAUUUAACUCUUUUGUUGACAAUGAGUGCUAUUCUAAGCAUUGUAACAAAUUAUUUAAAUAUACAGCAUCUAUUAUAUUUAACGGAUCCUAUAGGGUUGAAUGAUCCGUUUUUCCCCAGUGGGAAAAAUGUCAAUACGAACAACUAUUAUUUGGGCCUAAGAGAAAUAUUUAUGGCUUGGUUGGGUCCAUUUUUCUGUUUAAUUAGCAUUAUGAUACUAUACUUGCUUGCUACAUUAUUUGAUGGAAUCGAGUAUAUCUCGUAUAAAGCUUAUUCUCUCAUUUGUGUAGCAAAACCUUUGCACAGCCUUGAUAUAGGAUUGGGUCCUAACAUUGUUUCAACAAAUCAAGCAACUGGAAUAGAGCAUAAUAUUUUCAAUAAAAGACGUAUUGUCGGAGCUACUUCAUUGAUAUGUCUUGUAUUGUUUUAUAUUCCUUAUCAAUUUGCAUUUGUUAUAUUAUUUGUUUUACAAUUACUAGUUUGUAUAAAAAUGUCAAAAUUAUUGGGACGCACUGAUGAUUUACAUUGUACAAAUCUUAGAAACUAUAACAACUCUAUUUUGAUGUUUUUUUUAUUUGUGUUGCCUAUUAAUGUUCCUGUGGUGAUAGUUUUUUUACAUAAUUUUGCUAUUAAUUGGGAGACUCCUUUCAGAUCUCAUCAUAAUUGCCUUUCUAUCAUAUCUAUUAUUUUGCUAGUAGAAAGUAAUACAGCAUAUAGAAUUCCAAGAUUUUCAGAAUUUACUGGACGUGUUUUGUUGCUAUUGCUUGGAUUCUCUGUCUAUUUCAGCGUUGUAUACGGGGUAAGAAAUUUAUAUGGAAUACAUAUUUUAUUAAAUAUCUGUUGUGCAUGGUUGUUCAUGAAUUCCCUUAAUAAAAAAAAUUUGGGCUAUUAUAGCAAGUAA